CGCCAUCGAUGGCUCGGCGCUCGCCGUGCGGCCUGGCGCAGGCGGGCUAGCCGCGCGCCGCGAUGAGCCUGGCGGAGGGCCGCGCCCCGCGGCGCACGGCCGGGAAUCGCCUCUCGGGGCUGCUGCAGGCCGAGGAGGAGGACGAGUUCUACCAGACCACCUACGGCGGCUUCAACGAGGAGUCGGGGGAUGACGAGUACCGCGGCGAGCACUCGGACAGCGAUGACGAGGUGGACUCGGACUUCGACAUCGACGAGGGCGACGAGCCGGGCUCCGAGCAGGACGAGGCCGAGCCCCGGCGGCGCCGCCGCGUGCUCACCAAGGCCUACCGGGAGCCGCUCAAGAGCCUGCGGGCCCGGAAGGCCGAGGGGCCGCGGGGAGGGGCCCCCAAGAGCCGCGAGGUGAAAUCCGUGCCCCUGGAGCUGCAGGAGGAUGGGGGAGACAGCCGGAAGCACAUGCGGCAGUCCACCACGGAGCACACCCGGCAGACGUUCCUGCGGCUCCAGGAGCGCCAGGUGCAGUCCAAGAGGAAGAAGGGAGGCACCAGCUACGAGCGGCCCCUGACCCAGGAGGAGCUGCUGGAGGAGGCCAAGAUCACCGAGGAGAUCAACCUGCGCUCCCUGGAGAACUACGAGCGGCUGGAGGCGGACAAGAAGAAGCAGGUGCAGAAGAAGAGGAAGAUCGUGGGCCCCGUGAUCCGCUACUGGUCGCUGACCAUGCCCCUCCUGCCCGAGCCCGGCCGCGAUGACCCCGUGGACGUCGAGGGGCUGGGCCCCGAGGCGCGGCCGCCGUCGCCGGGGAAGUGCUCGCGCACCUUCAUCUCCUUCAGCGACGACGCCACCUUCGAGCGCUGCUUCCCGCGGGCGCGGGCGCCGCGGCUGCCGGUGCGGGAGCUGUGCCCGGUGACGCACAAGCCCGCGCUCUACCGCGACCCCAUCACCGACAUCCCCUACUCCAACGCCCGCGCCUUCCGCAUCAUCCGCGAGGCGUACCGCAAGUACGUCACGGCCCACGGGCUGCCCAGCGCCGCCGCCGCCGCCGCCGCCGCCGGAGCGGCCGGGGACAGCCCCGCGGCACGGCCCGGCAGGCAGAAAAUCGUCAUCAAGCAGAGCGUGCCCAGCGCCUGAGGGCUGGAGCUGGGAUUUGGGGUGUGGGCUGUGGGUGUCCUUCCCAAAAGAGCAGAAAAUCCUCAUCAAGCAGAGCGUGCCCAGCGCCUGACACCCCAGAGAUGGGAUUUGGGGUGUGGGCUGUGGGUGUCCUUCCCAAAACAGCAGAAAAUCGUCAUCAAACACAGCAUUCCCAGCGCCUGACACCCC